ACCCUGUAGAAAAUGUGAAAGAAAUAUUGACAUAUGUUAUUAAGCAGCAUUCUUUUUCCAAAGCGAAAAAGCUUGGCUAUCUCAAUGUAUUUGUGAAGCUUAUAGACAAAUGUGGAGGCUCAGCAAACUUGGGGUUCCCUCUCAGGAGCAUCUUGAUCUGUUUAAGCGUUAAUCUGCUACAUGCUCCAAAAGAAGUCCGGGCAGGGACAUUACGUGUGAUUAAACAUCUAAUGACAGAUGAUGAAUCAGUGCAAGUUCUCCUUGAUUUACAUCUGGACUACUUUAUUGCCAGGUCUUUGGAUUUGUGUCUUGAUAAUGAAAUUGAAAGAAUUCAUGCUCAGAAGUUAACCCGUAAAUUUUCAUCUGACCUACCUGCCAAGAUGCCAAGGUCAUUAGUUCAACCUCUUGUUGCUAUUGGUAAUGAUGGAGUCAGUGAAAGAGACAGGAUGGUUCGAGCAUCGCUGGCCUGUAUUUGUGAAUUAACCUACCACAAUCCAGACCUGGUCGCCCAUUGUGGUGGUAUCAGCAUGUUGUUACGUAAGAUCCUGGAUUGUCACCAGUAUCCACGUAUCAACGAGUCCAUCGUGUCAACCAUACUUCAUCUAGUCAACUACCCAUCAACCAGACAUUUUGUACGAUUCAAUACAGACUUAGAGGUACUUUGGGAUUUUUUAUUUUUUUUUUUUUUUGCUUAAAAAUAGUAAAUGGAUGAAAUUCUGAAUUUCUGAAUGAUUUACCUAUAACAAGUUGCACCAUAAUGAUGUCAAACAUUUUCAUCUGUUUAUAUUUUACAUAGAAAGUUUGAAUUACAAGCUUUGUCAAUAGUUUUAUAUUAGAACUGUAAUAAUUAUUUAUAUCUGUUUACUGUUGAUUGGGAGAUAGGUUUUAUUGACAUGAUCCAUAUUGAGUGUGACUUGCAAUGUAUUGUGAAAAUUUUCCAUCAUUUUCUGUUUUUUCAUGGUCAUGUUGCAUUAAGAAGCUAGA